CCCGUCUCCUCACGCCCCCCUCCUCGCUCAGCAUCAGCAUCAGCAGCAUCAUCAGAUGCGCGCAGAUCACGCCAAACACCGCACUGGUUUAUCAGCAGGUGUGUGGCUAUAACGGAAGAUAAUACAUAUAUACAUCACCACCUUUUAAUGGUUUUUAUAAUUGACAGUCUUGUCUUUGGAUCGCCAACUGGACCGUGUUAUCAGAUUUGAUGGUUUAAUUUCCAGCGGGUGUGUCGAGUAAGUGGCCGAAGUGGAAUAAGAAUCAAAGCGAGAUCAUAUUUAACAUCCGCGUCUCCAGUGUCUGUGGAUGGGCUGCGGACAUCUGCAGUCUCUGGUUUGAGUCACUAAGAAGAUGGCGGACAGGGCAGAGAUGUUUUCUCUCUCCACCUUCCACUCCCUCUCUCCUCCAGGAUGCAGGCCGGCUCAUGACAUCAGUUUGGAGGAGUUUGAUGAUGAAGAUCUGUCUGAGAUCACAGAUGACUGUGGCAUAGGCCUCAAUUAUGAUUCUGACCCAUAUGAAAAGGACUGUCUUAUUUUAGAAAAGAAUGAUUUCCACCACCCAGUGUGCUCGUUCCAUGACGACUUCCAAGAGUUUGAGAUGAUCGAUGAUGAAGACGACGACGAAGAAGAGGAAGCGGAUCCUGAUGCCCCUCCCUCACCAUCUGCAUCUCCGCCCCCCUCCCCUAUUCUUGGGACUCUUAAGAGCCGCCCAACCACUCUUAACCUGACUGCACCGGUUUCACAGGACUCUCUGAACAACAACAGUAACGUCUCAUCUCGGAAGUCGAGCUGGCAGGAUUCUCUUCGAAACUCGACUUCACAGGGCUGUUUGUCUUCUAACCACUCCUGCCUUGAGGACGGCUCCAAUUUGACUACCACAUGCCCAGCGGCUCCAGGCACGACCGGCUCUGCCAAAGGUACACCCUCAAACCCACCAGGAAAUUGUGGUCUCCAUCAGUCACCCGGCAGACCCCUGCUGUAUGACUUUGAGGGCAACAGACGAGAACGGCCUGAAUAUGGCUCAUUUGGUCAACAUAACUCAUCCGGUAGCUCUGAGGUGACUGUCGUCAAACCUGAUGUUGAGGAAUCCACUCUACGUGAGCUUGCCCCAUCUGUGGAUGAUUGCACUUCCCAAUGCUCUGACACUGAAGUGGACCACGAUCUGAAUGGCCACGCCAAACAUCAACCCUGCUGUUCCCGACUCACCAACGACACUUACACCGUCACCACGGAGACCGCCGAUGACCCGGAGUUGGAAAAUGACAGCACCAGCAGGUGCUUGUCCUCAACGGCACCCCUUGGCAAUGACGCAGAGACUCCGUUAUCAGAUGAGGAGCUGGAUAAAGAUUUUGAGAUUGACUUCAUGAGUAAGGAGACCUAUGAUCAAGCCUGCAAGGACGGCGAGGGCUCUUCGUAUGUGGAGUUUCCCUGCAUUGAACCCACUGAGUCAGUUUCGUUCUGUAGCUACGUAUCGUCCAGUCGAUCAGAUGUCCUUGAAGCUGUGGAUGAACCUCGACACAUGCUUCAGAGUCGACCUGAUGCUGCUGCGAAUGACACAACUUCACCUUCCUCGGAUCCCGGUAUUGCGGAUAUGAACACCAAGCACUACGCAGACUCAGAUCGCCACAGCGAUGACCUUAGCUCGCCCGGAUCAGAUUCUGAUAUCGAAGGGGAACUUGAGGCUGCAUUUGCGUGUGGCGGUCCACUUGCUAGUAACAUGAUUUCCUCAAUCUCGGAGACGGAGCUGGACCUGACCAGUGAAUCCAGCAGUGGACGUUCCUCACACCUCACCAAUUCCAUCGAAGAAGCAAGCUCUCCGACAUCUGACCCAGAACUGGAUCAGGAGCUGGACACUGAGCAGGACAGUGGUAUUGUGGGUCUGAAAGCAUCUCUUCUGCUGGGUCAACCGGAUCCAAUUAAACCAGACCCUUCACCGGUUCUAGAUCCCAGCCCAGAUAUGUUGCAUCUGGAUGAUGGCCAAGCACUAAUGGGUCUGCAGAACGUCGAUGACGAACAGGGUUAUGAACACCAAGCUGAUCCAGAUGAGACUCUUCCCCCCUCCGUCCCCUGUGAGGAUGGCAACUCUCAACAGUUGUUGCUGAAGAUUGAGCCUGACCACAGCCUUGAGAGCUUCAAGCGCUCUUUCUACUUGCCCGUCGGCCCCAGACUCAUUCCCUCCGUGGAUGACUACGACGGCAACAGCGAGGGAGACUCUGAGUCGGAGUCUGAGGACGAGCUUAGUGAAAACUCAGACUCUCCUUGGCUUCUCAGCAACCUGGUCAACCGGAUGAUCUCAGAAGGGUCUUACCCAAUCAGCUGCCCGGAAGAGUGCUUCAAUCGUUCGGCUUCCAUCUCUGACACCAUCUCACCUUCAUCUGACCUGGAAACGGAUGCUUUUAACGAGACGGAUGGCUGCAAUUUGGAAAAGGAGAAUUGUGAAGAAAGGUCACAGGAAGUGACCUUGGAGAGGUCAGAGGUGAAGGUGGAAGAAGAGAAGGAAAGAGAAGCCAGCUGUAUGUAUGAUGAUGGACAGAAGGAUGCCAAGAGGACUGACUCCUGUCUGUUCAUGAGCAGCCCCACACGUGACACCAAUACAAGGACAAAAAACUAUGAGUCGGUGGACUUUACAUGUCAGAACUCAUUGAAAAACAAACAGAAGGAUGAAGAAGAGGAGGAGCCAAAUAAUGACCUAAUGAUGGAGAGAAUGAAGGAGCUGGAUUCUCCCAGCUUGACUGAAAGUAUAGUCAGCGACAAGGAUGAGGGUCGAGAGACGGGGGUUGGUCGGCACGAUCUGCAGCGAAUUACAGAGGUCAAAAACAGCCUUACGCUGGACCUCUCAACAAUACAGACCAAUCACUGUUUCAGUCUCACUUACUCGACAGAUAAUGACGAAGAUGAAGAUGAACGGGAUAUCUCUCCUUUUCUGGAGGAUCUUCAGAAGGUACACUCGCCCUACGAAAAUGAGACGUACCUUGACAGUUCUCCACCUAUUGACGAGAGCGUGCGAGAGUUGAGGAAUUCUGAUGUUGCACACGGGCGGCCGGUUGAUGACUCGUUGGCGUAUGACUCGAUGAAGUACACCCUGGUGGUGGAUGAAAACACAACGCUUGAGUUGGUGAGUCUGAAACGCUGCACCUCUUUACUGAGUGAUGACAGUGAUGGACUCUUAACGAUCUGUGAUGAAGAGGCAGCUGAUGAAGAUGCCUAUGAGCGAGGACAUAUGGUUGGAGGCAUGAGACCCAAUUUGCUGUUGAGCUCAUCUGAAGAAGACUCCUCCCCUGAGGCGGAUAUGCCUUUCUCCAAGAAGUUCCUUAACGUGUUUGUCAACGGUACAUCGAGGUCCUCCAGCACAGAAUCCUUUGGGCUUUUCUCGUGCACUUUAAACGGAGAAGAAAGAGACCAGACUCACAGAGCGGUCUUCAGGUUCAUCCCACGCCAUGCAGAUGAGCUGGAGCUAGAUGUUGAUGAUCCGCUUUUCGUCGAGGAAGAGGAGGACGAUUACUGGUACCGUGGGUACAACAUGCGCACGGGAGCGAGAGGGAUUUUCCCGGCGUAUUACGCCCAUGAGGUCGUCGGUCAGACGAAAGAUCUGAUGACAAUGAAGAGGAACCCUGCUUGGAUGGAAAGCUUCCGAGUGCAGUUCCUGGGUUCAGUGGAGGUUCCUUAUCACCAAGGCAACGGCAUCCUUUGUGCCGCCAUGCAGAAGAUCGCGAUGGCGAGGAAGAGGACGGUGCAUCUUCAUCCUCCGUCUAUCUGCGAGCUGGAAAUAAGCCUACAGGGAGUCAAACUGGUCAUGAGUUUGGACGAUGAAUACGAUUUUUCAGGGGAGUUUGACAGAUGUAGUCACUUCUUCCAAAUGAAGAACAUCUCUUUCUGUGGAUGUCAUCCCAAAAACAACUGUUAUUUCGGUUUCAUCACCAAGCACCCGAUGCUGAACAGGUUUGCAUGUCACGUCUUCGUCUCUCAGGACUCCAUGAGACAUGUAGCCGAGUGUGUGGGGCGGGCAUUCCAGGAGUACUACCAGGAACACCUAGAAUACGCCUGUCCUACCGAGGAUAUCUACCUUGAGUAGAGGAAACGGGUAACCAUGGCAACUGCUGUCCCUCUCGACAGAUGUCUGUUCCUGGGCUCGGCCACUACGGGGCGUCUGCCAGUCUUUUCAAAAUGUAACAUAGGCCUCAUGUCUUUAUUCUCCUCCUCGGUUUCUGUCGUUUUCUCAACAUGAACUGAGCUGAAUACUCUACAUACAGUAGGCUCUUAGUGGUCUGUCUAUUUAUUUCAAUGUUUAUCCGUUUUAUUUAUUCUUCAUUGAGAUGGAUCGCUUGUUUAUUUAACUUUUCUACUAUAUAAUUACAGGGACAUGGUGAGGGGUGGAUACAUUGGUUGCAUUUCAUUUUGUAUAGUUCUGAUUUAGAAAUAUGACUACACAUGUUUGAAUGCAUGGCUUUCCAGGGUUAUGCUCACAAACACACACAUACACAAAACCGUGAAAUGGCUACAAAUGAAAUGCGAUCAGAGGUUUGAAUCGUAAGACUGGGAUUGUAAAUAUGUAUUUGUUUGAUUCUGAUACAUUACUGUAUUUGUACUUCAAAGGAUUGGGCAGUAGGACGUGACCUGGAAUCGUUGAUAGGUCUACAGAUUGUCUGUUUCGGUAGUAGAAUGUUUAUUGUGCGUUUCUGAUUUCACCGCAAUGUAAAUAAUGUAUAAUUCGAGUGGUUUGUAGGUGAAUACAGAUGAUCACAUUAUGGUCUGUGGAUGAGAAAGUGGGACAGAUUGCAGGUUCUGCAGGUGACUUGAUGAUCAAAUGAAUGAAACAAAUUCUGUCAAGAACAUUUCUGGGUCAUAGUUCACUUCUGAAUACAAAGACAAAAUGGGAAUUUUUAUUAAGAAAGUGAAGGUUUUUUAAGACAAUUCAAAUCUACGGACUUGUUUUCCCUGUAAUUGAGCAUAUACCCCCCAAACAUUAUUGUGUUUGGAUGUUUGUUUGUAAAUCUCAAUGACGAUUCUCAUUACGUUCUUAUAUGCCAUUAUGUUUAGAAUUAUGGUAGUGAGAUGUUUUUUUGCACUAGGGUGAUAAAAAUUUGCUUAAUUGGAAUGGAAACAAUGUUGUAAUGCCCAAAAAUCAUAAGGGUUUUAAAAAUAGGAUUAAUGUUCUUUAUAAUUUGUGAUUUUAGGAUGAUUUAUGUCGUGGGAAUGUUCUUGACAGUCUAUGUGAGAUCGGCACAGUCCUGUGGGCUUUCAACGGAACAAUACUUCUACACCUCUCUAAUCUUGACAGUUCUGAUAUCUUGUAUAAUUAUCAGGUAAUGCCUUGAUACCUUGUGAUAUUAAAUCUAAAAUAAUCCACAUGUCAUGCUUCAGAUGAUGGCAGGUAGAUAUUUCGGUGAGGAACGUCCAGGAAGCAAAAUGUGAAAAACAACUGUCCUAAUUCAUUUUUGCUUUACAGGGGCUAUUCAGUUCUAAUUCUGACGAUAUGAAACAAGAGCAUGCCUCUGAGUUGGUCACAGAUGUCAGAAACAGUUGUUCUGUUCCUUGUUUUAUCCCAGUCCUUGACUGGACGUGUUGAAGCUGUGCAGAGCAGCUCCCCCUGCUGCUCUCAAACACUUAUUACUUACAAGAACAUUUGUCUCACACAAGGUACUACACAAUCUAAGACCAUGACAGCGGCAACAAGCUGACAAUCAAGAAUUUGACAUUCAGUGACUAUUGACUUUUAAAAUCACAUAAUGGCCUACAUCAGAAGUGAAGCCUUAUCAGGGGCGUGCUUGAGACAUGAAAAUGUCAUACUUAUGAAAACUAUAUUGCCUUAUAAUAAUAUAAUGAAAGACGGUUUUGGCAGUCUAGUGGUCUCCUGUUUGAUUCUAGAAUUUGAGGGGUUCAUCUUUGUAUACUGUACUUUGUCAGGUCCUUAGAUCACAUAAAUGUAGACUUAGAGAGGUAGAUAUAGGGAACAAUGGUUGGGCUAAGACGAAGUUCGGAAUGGAAUAUUAGCAUACAGUUUACCGCAUGCGGCAUACUAUUUUACAGUAAGUACUAUGCCAAACACUAUUCCAAAUGUUUUCAGAUCUGCUGCUCGAGGUCCACCAUGUUGCGCACAUCUUAACAAGCUAAUCAUGGUCUUUAGAACUGCGUUAAAGGAUUAACAGCAGUUUUGAAGUCAUAAAGUAUGCAGUGAUAAACAUCGCAAAAAGUAGUAUGCGACUGUACUCACUCACGUGAUCUUAUUGUGUGACAUGUUUUAUAAAUAAAUCUAGUUAUGUUGGAAAUGUUGGCAUUUAUAAUCCAACGUCUGGCAUUUAUAUUAUCUCGGAUUUAUUCAUCACACUAGAAAUCAAAGGUCAGCAUUGUAGGAAAGUAUGUUGUGCAGUGUACUUGGUUAUAUACUAAACAUUUUAUGUUAUGACAGGUAUGUCAAACACACAGAUACUUUGCAUACUGCAGAACUCGUAGUAUGGUAGUACGCUAUCCCGAAUUCAGCCCAACACUCCCGGCAAAUGUCACUUGACUGGAAACUCAAGCAGCCUGCAAUCUGUUUCCAUGGUUACGCGUUGAUCUGUGCCGGUGACAUUCUCACGGAGAGCAGAAAUUGGAUGCGACUUGUUUUCGGUUAGAUUGCUGUAAAUAAUCUAGAGUCAGGGUCGCCAUGCUGUGUCCUUUCUGUUGAGUAUGUUAUUGAGAUAAAUAUGUAAAUUUAAAAGAAAUACUAAUAAUAUUGUUGAUGAUGAUAUCUCACAACCAAAAGCCAACUGUGAUGGGGUCAAAAGAUAUAAAUAGCUUGGAAUUAGUAUUUGUACCUUUCCUUUAUCUGCUUUACAUUGGUAUACAUCUGUCUGUUGGAUGUGUUGUCAUCUUGUGCGGAGUUACAUGCAACAGAUCUGCUGUGUCAACCAGAUGUGUAUUUUAACUUCAUACACACACAGAAACACAAGCGCCGUCCUCUGCAUUUCACCAUCUAAUGGGUCAAAUCAGCGAUCAUGUUCGUCUCGUUCCUGAGAAAAUAUGAGUCGGUUAUUUCAAUCAGAGCUCCGGAUCCUUUAGUUACGACUGUUAUAUUUUUGUGUUCAUGCAGUAAAUAUCUUAAAUGUUUUAGCCUUCACUUUAGCGAUUUGUAGUGACAAAUUGGCUGUGGAACCCCUAACACAUUCAGGCAGAGCAUCUAAUACUACUGAUAACUUAAGCUUGGGUAGCUGAAAUACAAGGAAUACAACCUUCUGGACUUUAACAUAAUUCAGUCCUUCACUGUAUAACGGAAACAGCUUCAGUACGACGAACUAUGUAUCUUGUAUCUUUAAAAAUGACAACUUGUAAAAAACAAAACAAAAAAAAAUCUCACUGCCUUGUCAUGGAUUUGGUCUUAUGAAUAAAAUACUAUAUGCUUGAUGUCACCAACGUGUUUCUGUUUGUUUGUU